GCCUUGUGGUAGAGAACCCACACCUGGGCGAUUUUCUUGAGAAGAUGAAGCAAGGCCAUGAAGUGGUGGGUCCUUGGAGGUUACAUCGAGAAGGCCGGGAGGUGGUGGGUCCUUGGAGGUGCAUCGAGAGGUACACGGUAGAGGAUGAAUUGCCUAAAGUUAUGCUGCUGCGACGACACCCAACGGAAAUUAAAGCUAUGGAAGAUUGCCGCAGAUUUUUUGAUUUCUCUACGGGGGGCGUCCCGCAUUCAAACAAUGUGCCCGUAUUCGUGGCUCCGGGCAAUUUUGGCUGCCCCCAACCAGCACCGGGAUCGGCUUCCAUUUUCCCGGAUAUAAGCAUCUGCGAUCAAAACAGCGGGCUUCCAGGUUUAGGCGUGGGUAGCAACUUUGGCACCGUAAAUGCUGGAGUUUUGCAGGCUCAUCAAGAUCUAGGCACAAGUCAGCAAAUCACUGCGGACGUCUUCAAUUGGGACGCGAUAAUGCAAGAGUUCCUAAAACCGGAGGAAGUUGCAGAUGGACAGCUGUCUGAGACGGACCUUGGAAAUACCGAAAUGCAGCCUCGGGAAGCUCAACAUAUUAUACCGUGCUGGCAAAACGAGCAGCAACGCCCAACCAUAUCAAACGUCGAAUCGCUCAUUUCUGUCCCCGCCCCCCUUUAUCAGGUGCCGUCAAAUCCUCUGUUUGGUGCACCACAUAUGGAUGGCGGCGUUUCUAGUUGGCUGCAAUCCUCAUCAGCUGUUAUGGGUAGUCCAGGGUAUAAACCAAAUUCACAUAUCCCUGUGGGCUCGACUUAUGCAAACAACCUCGGAUUAUCUUUCUAUGCGCAACAUUUCAAAUCUAGGGCGCCAAUAUGCGAGAACGUGCCUGUUGCAGGGGCAAGCAGAAACAAAAAUACAGAAAAGUUGCCCGUCGCACUAGGCCAGCAGCGGGGUGGGGAUCGAUGCGAAUCGCUCGUUUUUGCGCCAACCACGCAAAAACAUCCACGACCUUAUGCCGAAACUCAAAAGAAAAGGAAGAAGCAGCAACAACUCGAGGUUAACGCGGUAAAGAAUAAACGGGCGAGGGUUUUUUCUGUUACCACCAAAUCUCAUUUGAUUUUGAAGGGCAGUGCCGAAAAUGAAAUAAAGAGGAUGAGGCAGCGACAAGCUGUACGAGGCCGUUCAGCGGUAAUUACGUAA